AUCUUGUAUCUCGUUCUCUUCCUUUAUGGCUUUUAUUUUUUCUCAUCUUCUUAGUAUUACUCGGGAAAUCUCAAAAGGAAGUUUUACAAGUUAAAGUGGGAAUUGUUCUUGACACUAAUGUGACAUUAGCAGAUUUGAGCAUACGAGCUAUCAACAUGUCUCUGUCGGAAUUCUAUAAUAGUCAUAAUCGCUUCAAGACUCGGAUUGUUCUCAGCAUCCGAGAUUCCAAACGAACUGUUGUUGGUGCUGCAGCUUCAGGACCAGGGAAUUCAAUGCAAGCUCCGUUUUUAAUCAACCUCGGAAAUCAAUCUCAAGUUCCCAUAAUUUCAUUCUCUGCGACAAGCCCUCUUCUUGAUUCCCUCCGUAGUCCAUAUUUCAUCAGAGCCACACACGAUGACUCAUCUCAAGUCCACGCCAUUAGCGCCAUCAUAGAGUCAUUUAGAUGGAGAGAAGUUGUGCCUAUUUAUGUAGACAAUGAGUUCGGAGAAGGUAUUCUUCCUUACUUACUUGAUGCUUUUCAAGAGAUCAACGUUCGUAUCCGAUACCGAAGUGCCAUAUCAGUACAUUCCUCUGAUGAUCAAAUCAAGAAAGAGCUUUACAAACUAAUGACCAUGCCCACUAGGGUUUUUAUCGUGCACAUGUUGCCUGAUCUCGGAUCGAGGCUUUUCUCGAUGGCGAAAGAGAUUGGUAUGAUGAGUAAAGGAUAUGUAUGGAUUGUUACAAAUGGUAUAGCUGAUCUCAUGAGUUUAAUGGGGGAAUCUAGCUUGGAGGAUAUGCAUGGUGUCUUGGGUGUCAAGACAUAUUUCUCAAGAUCAAAAGAGCUAAUGUAUCUUGAAGCUCGUUGGCGAAAAAGAUUCGGAGGAGAAGAGCUAAACAAUUUUGAAUGUUGGGCUUAUGAUGCUGCCACAGCACUUGCAAUGUCAAUUGAGGAAAUCAGUAGUAGCAUAAGCAUGAGUUUCGAUAAGACCAAAACAAACACUUCAAGAGAAGAUGUAGGCACGGACCUUGAUGAUCUCGGUGUUGCUCUCUCUGGUCCCAAGAUUCUUCAAGCAUUGACAACAGUCAGUUUCAAAGGUGUUGCCGGGAGAUUUCAGCUAAAAAACGGAAAGCUAGAGGCCAAGACUUUCAAGAUAAUCAAUAUAGAGGAAAGCGGGGAAAGAACAGUUGGAUUUUGGAUAUCAAAAGUAGGAUUAGUGAAGAGCCUAAGAGUGAAUCAAACAGGCAUUAAAAUAUCACACAACUUGCACCGCCUAAGACCGAUAAUAUGGCCUGGGGACACUAUUUCUGUGCCUAAAGGCUGGGAAUUGCCAACAAAUGCAAAGAAGCUGCGAAUAGCAGUUCCAAAGAAGGAUGGUUUCAAAAAUUUUGUGGAGGUAACAAAGGAUGCAAACACUAAUGCUCUAACAAUCACCGGGUUUUGUAUAGAUGUUUUUGACACCGUAAUGAGACAAAUGCCAUAUGCUGUCCCCUAUGAGUACAUCCCCUUUGAAACUCCUGAUGGAAAAUCACGUGGAAGUUACGACGAAAUGGUUUAUAAUGUGUUUCUUGGGGAGUUUGAUGGAGCUGUAGGGGAUACUACAAUCUUGGCUAAUAGGUCAAUAUAUGUCGAUUUCGCGUUGCCAUACUCAGAGACUGGUGUUGUAUUUGUGGUGCCGGUCAAGGAUGAGAAAAAGAGAGGAGAAUUGGUCUUCUUAAAGCCUUUAACAAAGGAGCUCUGGUUGCUCACUGCUGCUUCUUUUCUCUACAUUGGAAUGAUAGUUUGGCUUUUUGAGUACCAAGCAGAUAAAAAUUUCAGGGAAACGAAGAUAAUUGAUCAAAUAUCUAAUGUGUUCUACUUCUCAUUUUCAACCUUGUUUUUCGCACACAGGCAUCCAUCAGAGAGCUUUUUCACAAGGGCUCUUGUUGUGGUUUGGUGCUUUGUGUUGCUAAUACUGACUCAGAGCUACACAGCAACACUGACAUCAAUGUUGACGGUUCAAGAGCUUCGACCAACCGUGAGACACAUGGAUGAUCUGAAGAAGAGCGGAGUGAGCAUUGGAUAUCAAAAGGGUUCGUUUACAUUCGAAAAGCUGAAAGAAAUAGGUUUCAAUGAAUCGAGGUUAAAGAUUUACAAUUCUCCUCAAGAAAUGCAUGAACUUUUUCUAAACAAGAGCAACAAAGGUGGUAUUGGUGCUGCUUUCGACGAAGUCGCUUAUAUCAAGCUUUUCAUGGCUAAAUAUUGCUCAGAGUAUUCCAUUAUCGAGCCUACCUAUAAGGCUGAUGGCUUUGGCUUUGCCUUUCCAUUAGGAUCACCGUUGGUGUCUGAUAUUUCAAGACAGAUCUUGAACAUAACAGAGGGAGAUACCAUGACAGCUAUGCAGAACAAGUGGUUCAGUAGAGAAAAAGAUUGUCUACACUCUACCAUAUCGAAUUCUCUAAUCCAGCUCGAUCACAAUAGCUUUAAAGCUCUAUUUCUAAUCGUCUUUGUUGUCUCUUUAUUUCUAAUCUUGUUCAUGUUAGCUCAUAGAAGAUACAAAGAAACACAAGGCAACGUUAUCAUCGAAGCUCCAACUGAUCCGCCAAGCGAUGGGCCUGAAGGCCAAGCCGAUGGACGAGAUAGUGAAAACCAUAAUGUGAAUGUAGCUGGAGAGGAAGUCAAUGAAGAAGGUAAUGUUGGAGGUCGAGAUGAAGCAGAUAAUAAUGAGCAUUAUAUCGUGGAAGUCAAUGAAGAAGGUAAUGGUGGAGGUGAAGAUGUAGCAGAUGAUAAUGAGGAUAAUAUUGUGGAAGUGAAGCCAGCUCUGGUGCAACUACAAGAUCCACAGUCACCACCGGGCUUAAUUCGACGUCGCGGGAGGCCAUCAUCAGAGAGCUUUUUCACAAGGGUUCUUGUUGUGGUUUGGUGCUUUGUGUUGCUAAUUCUGACUCAGAGCUACACAGCAACACUGACAUCGAUGCUGACGGUUCAAGAGCAUGGACCAACAUUAAAGGCAUAUGAUUCUCCUGAAGAAAUGCGUGAACUGUUUCUUCACAAGAGCAGCAAUAGCGGUAUUGAUGCUGCGUUCGAUGAGGUUGCUUAUGUCAAGCUUGUCAUCAUGGCUAAAUAUUGCUCAGAGUAUUCCAUAAUCGAGCCUACCUUUAUGGUUGAUGGCUUUGGCUUUGGCUUUGUAAAUACCAACAGAGACAACGCAACGCUUCACCCAAUCUACCAAAUGAUCAAGCCAAUGCACCUCAAGAAGAUGUCAAAGAAGAAGGCCUUUCCAUUGGGAUCUCCUUUGGUGCCAGAUAUUUCAAGACAGAUCUUGAAUAUAACGGAGGGAGAGACCAUGAAAGCUAUAGAGAAUAAGUGGCUCCUUGGAGAUAAACAUUGUCUAGACUCAACCACAUCGGAUUCUCCAAUCCGGCUCGAUCACCACAGCUUUGAAGCUCUAUUUACGAUCGUCUUUGUUGUUUCUAUGCUUCUACUUUUAGCCAUGUUGGUUUAUAGAAGAUACCGAAAAACAAAACCCCGCGAGAUCAACGCUAAUAAUCCGCCAAGAGAUGAUAACAUGAGAGCUCCAGCUGAUCCACCAAGAGAUGAUAACAUGAGAGCUCCAGCAGCUAGUCCGCCAAAUGAUGAUCAAGUCCAUGAGCCACCUGGUCCUGCAUUACAUGAAGCCGAUGCACCAGAUGCUCAAGAUCAGCUUCUGAAUGAUGAAGUUAAUGUUGGAGAUCGAAAUGAAGUAGACAUUAUUGUGGAAGUCGAUCCAACUUUGGUUCACCGUAGAAAUUUGAUCACCUCAAAGACUAUACCCAUCCGAAGAGCUGUGCCAUUAUUCUCGAGGAUUAAGUCCGCAUAGAGACUCUGAAUCAUAGUCUUUUUGAAUGACCCUAAUAUUUUAUACGAAAUUUAUUUGUUAUUUGUAAGAAAACGGAAAACUCUUG